ACAUCGACCAGUUUCACUCGACGAGGCUUCCUCACUGCACUUGAGAACUUUGGACCGCCGAAACGAUACUCAAUACCAUACGUGCUUGCUUGCACUUGGUCGAACCAUGAAAAGCAAACUUAUUUCGCGUUUUUCUCCGAUUGGUGUGAUAAUCAUAGCAGGUUUGUUCUGYAUCGAAGUCGAUCUUUGUUACAGUUUUGCGUUGGUUGGCGGCCAGUUUGAACUAAAGAACCAUAACCAGCUUCUAAUGGCAGCAGACAAGAAUCCUGUCACCGUAUCMAACGAGAACAAUGGCAGCGGUUCGGAAAAUAGCAAGGGAGGAAAGGUCUUUGACGAAGCAUCCUACGAAAAAGAACGAUUGGCCAAGGAUGCGCAAGCCAUGGAUGCCAUGAAAGUCGUGGCUGAGAAAGAAUUGAGCAAGGUUGACACGGGCAGUGUUGGAGAGCUUCGAUCGCCAUGGAAGUGGGUGCUCCGGAAACGAAUCUGGGACUUCAUGGAGGAAAACGAUAUAGCAAGGUUCCCUCGACCGGUGCACCAUCGCAUUCCAAACUUUGUUGGUGCGGACCAGGCAGCGAGAAGAUURAGCGAACUCCCCGAGUUUCGAUCGGCGAGCACGAUAAAGGUCAACCCGGACACGCCACAGCGCCCCGUGCGACAUUUCGUUUUGGAACAAAAGAAAGUGUUGUUGACACCUCAACCCAGACUGCGAACGGGCUUCUUUUCGACCAUUGAAAUGAAGGAGCUGCCUUCGCUGGUCGAAAUAAAGGAAUGCACAAACAGCAAGGGUGUUGUCAAAUACGGAACUCCGGUCACCCUGAACGAGGAAUAUACGGUGGAUUUGGUAGUGGUCGGCAGCACCGCUGUUUGCCCCCGAACGGGAGCCCGAGUUGGGAAAGGUGAGGGAUUCGCCGAGCUAGAGUGGGGAAUUCUGUCUGCCCAGGGAAAUCUAGAAGCCAAAACAUGCCUGGUGGUGACAACYGUGCACGACUGUCAGGUCAUCGAAGAUGAGAACGACAUGCCUGAGGGUUGGGCGCUAACUAAGCACGACGUACCCGUCGACAUAAUUGUUACCCCCACGAGGGUCAUACAUGUUUUCGACCGAGCCCCAAAACCCUCUGGGAUCUUGUGGGACCUCUUAUCUCCCCAAAAAUUGGCGGCCAUCCGUGUACUUCGGCAGCUGAAACAAGAGACGGAGGAUAAGCUAGGAGUAACUUUGCCGUCGGGACCGGACGAGUUGCUUCCGCCGGUUGCGUCUCGAAACAACAAAAAUCGCAAGAAGAAAAACAAUAGAAGGCGAAAACCACGGCAACAGCAGCGCAAAGGUUCGGAAACACCMCCCGCGAAGAAGUAAUACCGUGCAAACUCGGUGUAAGACAAAUACUGGCAACAGACUCUGAACCAACCGACUAUCCAAGGAGUUAUAACCCUGAAYUACGCCUAAGCUAUCGACAAGAACAUUAUGUAGUAUACAUUCGACUCUUCGGAUCAUUGAAACACUUGUCCAAAGAUAAUUGAGUCCCGUAAAUCACACAACUUUAUCCGUAACCGUGGUUUUACAUUCUCUAUCUCGGUCCUGUAAUGCGUACUAUUGUGUUCGUGAUGGGCACUGCCAGUAGCUUAUGCUUCAUGCUCCCAUGAAACGCUUCAUAUUUCAAUGAUAGUCAAAGUGAUGGAUAUCAGAUUCAGUCAAUUAAUCAAAAUGAAAAUUACAGCCUCCUAUAAACUGUGACUGGCUGAUGCACAGUGCAUAUUAUCGAAUAUGAAACAGUCGAAUGGUAUUCGAAACCUUAUUUCGCCCACGUAAACCCAUAGCAGUAGAAAGCAUGCAUUCGAUCCCCYAAUUUUUUCCACUUAUUKUUGCAUGAACUCUGCGCAAGAAGUGUGCGAUGAGRUUUCGGUUGCAAACUUUGGUGGCUCCCUUUCUACGAAUCGAAUCGGAUCAGAUCAGAUCGGGUCGGAUCAAUCCUUCAGUGUUUCCCUGUCCUGUGCCGCCUCCUUUGCCUUUUGUCGAUCUUCCUCCGACCCACCAACGACGUGCUCUUGGAACCAUUCAUCGCUGCUCCAAAUGGCUUGGCCCUUACCACCACCCAUCGAUGACAUCAAUUUGUUUAGCUGGUUUUGCUGAGCCAGGCUGACCUUAAUGGUUCGUCCGCACAAGUCGCUCAUAUCCAUAUUGAAGAUGCAUUCGCUUGCUUAUAAAGUAGCAUUUGUGAACAUAGAUGAUUUUGCGAUUGAAUGUUUGCAUCGUGUGUUGUUCACCAUACGAUUGACCCAUGCGUAUUUUUGGUYGAGUUUGAGAGUCAACGUCGUAAAUUGUAGCAUAGUUUACAUGUGGAGUAGGCCACCACAGUAUCGGUGCCAAAAGAGUCAAAGGAUAAAAAUGACGACGAAAGAUGGACCUGUUAGUUUGUCUCUUAAAUGGAACACAUGGAUCCAACAAACCAGCCAGCGAAGUACCCAGCAUAAUCAUUCUCAAUGAAACCAUCCGACUUGGUCCAAUUAAUUCCAAUAUUAAUUUCGAUCAAAUGAUCACAAAAAUAGCAUAUGGUCGCGUAAUUAUUGGAAUCCAUGGAUACGUACCGUCCUCUGGAUCAUCAAAUUCAACGAAAGCAAAACCUCUUGUCUUGCCAAUCUUGUAGUCCAUCGGAAUAUCGAGAGACUUUAUGGUUCCAAAAGGAAUCAUGGCUGAGCGCAAAAUCUGUGGUGUUACGUCCUCCCCCAAGCCCCCAACAUAAACAGCUCGCUUAGAUGUGACAAUGAUACCGGCGUCACCGCUUGUGUUGCUGCUGGAUUCCAUACUCAUUACGUUUCGUGCGGAAAACUCUCUGUUUGGAUUCGAAUUGAUUUCUUCUGUGGCGGAACUAGCUUGAGGAUAAUAUAGCCGUUCUGCAAUC